GUGAAAAUGCAUCUCUAAUUCUAAAUUCCUAAAGAACAAGAAGAGGAGAAAAGAAAAAGUAAGGAGAGACUCAAAUUCUCAGACAUCCAAAUGGCAUCUGAAAUAAACUUGAAGCUUCUGGUAGAUAUGAACACCAACAAGGUCCUAUUUGCAGAAGCAGGGAAGGAGUUAGUAGAUUUCGUCUUCCAUCUUCUUAGCUUGCCAAUGGGCUCCAUAAUGAGACUUCUCAUCCCACUAAGCUCCAGUAAUGGAUGCUUUGGCAACCUGUACAAUAGCGUCGACAAUCUGCAUGAAAUGUACAUUCAGGCUAACACAGACAAGGCCCUUCUGUUGCAGCCUGAGAUUGCAUCUUCAACAUCAUCUGGUUUCGGCCAGGAAAUUGUUCUACUUCAGCCUCAGAGUGGGAUCAGGGCUAAUCCUUUGCCAAAACUGAAAUUCUACAGGUGUCCGAGGACAUGCGGGACCGUGACCAAUGUUAUGUUUACUCGGUGUACUUGUGGAUAUGAAAUGUCCUCUGAAAUGCAACUAAUUGAACCAGCGGUGGCGGCCACACCUACCAGAAGAGGUUAUGUAAAGGAAGUGGUCACCUACAUGAUCACUGAUGAUUUGGAGAUAUCACCUAUUUCUACAGUCUCUACUAUCGCCCUCCUCAGCAAGUUUGGUAUUAACGGAAUAGAUGCCUUAGAAGAGAUGGUUGUGGAGCUUGGCAGGGACGAGGGGUUGGCUUUGUUAAGGGCUUCAUUACAGCCGAAGUCAGUUCUCACAAAAGUUUUCCAGGGGGAGAUAUCUAAAAGAAGUCGUCUAUCAGUUCCAUCAAAUCCGAGGAGCACAUCUGAUAAGAAUUCUGAAGCUGUUCAAACUGCAUCAAAUGAUAGGAAAGUGCAAACGGAAGACAUUCAAAUAAGCGUGGUAGAUGGGGAGAAGUAAACGGCAGGCCUGGUCAUGGAGC